AUGAGGGCCAGGAUUCUCGAAGAGACAAAGAUCUCAGUGUCCGCGGGCAUUGCCCCCAAUGCCAAAUUAGCCAAGAUCGCAUCGAAUCGGAACAAGCCCAACGGCCAAUUCUACAUCCCCAACGACCGAAAUGCUAUCAUGGAUUUCAUGCGAGAUCUUCCCGUUCGUAAGGUGAACGGGAUCGGCCGGGUGUUCGAACGUGAAUUGGACGCGAUCGGGAUCAAAACGUGCGGCGACAUCUACCCGCAGAGGGCUCUUCUGGCGAAGCUGUUUGGAGAAAAGGCGUUCCAGUUCCUGAUGCAGUGCUAUCUCGGUAUAGGAAGGACCAAGAUCCAGCCCGCCGAGGCAUAUGAGAGGAAGAGCGUAGGGACGGAGAGUACGUUCCCAGAGAUCAGUGACAAGGAAGCGAUCAGGGAGAGGCUCCGUUGGGCCGCCGAGGAGCUCGAGAAAGAUCUCGCACGAACGCAGUUCAAGGGCCGCACUCUGGUGCUGAAGGUCAAGCUGCACACGUUCGAGGUCUUGACACGGCAGGUCGUUCCUCCCAAAGCAGUCUGUCUGGCACAGGAUCUAUAUUCAUUCGCUUUGCCGAUGCUGGUCAAACUGGAGAAAGAAAUCCCCAAUAUGAAGCUCCGACUGCUGGGCCUCCGGUGCACGAACCUGGUCAGCACCAAGAAAGUCGGCAUCGACUUCUUUGGCAUCCAAUCCAAGCCGAAGAUGACGCAUCAGCCACCGAACGACGCAAGAGGCAGUGACGAACGCGAGGUGAACGCAGAGGAAGAGUUCGAACAAGCCGCACGACAAGAAAGACAGGAUGAGAUGAACGAGCUGGAGAGACUCAGUCAGGAAGUUGCCGCAGCCUCCUCUACGGAAGGCGACCACAAACCCAGCCAAGACACCUCCGAGCGGACGGAGCAGACUACACCACGAGAUAAUGGUGAUGACGGUACGCAGAACCAGAACCAGAACCAGUUCUGGGACUGCCCUGUGUGUCACCGGCCGCAGGCAGCUGACGACAGAACCUUCAACGCGCACGUGGACUUUUGUUUGUCGAAACAGACCAUUAGGGAGGCAGUCAAGGGAUCUCUCGAUUCCGUCGAAACCCCGUCGCCGCCUCCGCAGCCUUCCCGGAAGAGGAAGAUAACAGCUGAUACUGAUUCCCGCCAGAGACGACUGUUUUUCAAUUGA